AUGCAAGAGAAGCAGGCGAGUACCCAGAUUCGGCUGGAGGUGGUUAGAGCGUUCAACGCGCGCUUUCAGCUCACACCGCAGGAGAUGAAUGCACUCACAGGUGGAAGGUUCGGGACCACCCGGGCCCAGUCUAUCACGGACGCGACUUUGGAGCACAACGAAGGCGGGGCUCCGGUGCCACUGAACGAUUUGUUCUUCGACGCGCUGCAACGGGCGAAAACAAUACACACAGACUGCAAUGUGCUACUCAGGACAAAACAUCAGAUACUGGGGUAA